UUUCGGUGAAAUUAUUGGUUGUCUUGUGGAAGUCCAACCUUGCUCUUUGCCGCAUCUUAGAAGAAUCACCAUUCACCAUUGACGCAGAGUUGAAGGCCUUCAAAGUUCGAACUCGAGAUAUUACUCUGAAUGGUGUUACAGUUCUUUACCUAUUUUUACAUUGCAUCAUGCCCCAUCUUCCAAGCUAUCCUGAGGUUAUUGAAGACAAAUCUUAAAGAUAAAAUGCAAAAGGCUGCAAGUUUGAUGCCUGAAACAAAUCUGCAUAAUCUCUAAUGCUUCUUUGCACAUGGGCAUAACUUUGGAACUGAAUGCCGAGGAUUAUGGGGAAGUUAAGAAUGUUCCUCAUUAAAUGAUGAUUGCUGCAAUAGCAGCAUGUAUGACUCACUGGUCAUGCCAUCUGCACUGACACAAAAUGACUCGCUGUCUAAAUGUUCGCAUUCUGGCACAUGCUAUUCUGGUUCGGAUGUUCAGUUUGAUGUUCUGAAUGAGCUUCUUCUUGAUAACUCAUCCGUUGAGGUGAGCAAUGUUAGUGAAGAGACAGGGAGUUUUGUGCCAUAUGUACCGAGAAAAAAUGCUGCUCUUUACAAAAUUCAACUUGAGGAAGAUGUGCAACAAUUGCAAAAUCAGCUUCUAGAAGAGAUUGAACUGCAUACAUUUCUCAAAAAUGUAAUUGAGAGAAAUGCCAUCAAUUUAUCUGGUGUAACAUAUCUACCCAAUCAUGUUCAAGACCUCCUAUCAAAUAUUGCUGUACUGGAGACUACGGUAUCAAAACUAGAACAGGAGACACUAUCUUUGCAUUUUCAACUUAGUCAAGAAAGAAAUGAACGGAGGCUUGCAGAGUAUCAUUUUAGGCAUUCAUAUUCUCAUUCAGUAUCUCCUUGUUCGUCUGACAUUAUGAAUACCCUGAUCUCAUGUUCUUUGAGGUCCUCAAAGCAAUUUGCUGGAAGUAGCUCUUGCCAAAUGCUAGAUCAGUCAUCUGAAUGUACAUGCAAAUGUGGAGAACCAGUAAUGGAGAAUGCAGCACACUCAGUUUUGCUUUGCUAUGAAAAAAAUGAGUGUACAAAAUUAGAUGGCAAAUAUUAUCAGCUGGCAGAUUUCAGGAAGCUUCCUAAGAGGAUGCCACCAAAGGGAAUUUGGGAUGAGCCCAAUUUUUUAUCAGAGGAAAUGGUGAGAUGUAUGAAAGACAUAUUCAUAUCUCUGGCAGAUUCUGACUUUUCAACCAAGUCCUCUGUGGUAGAGAGUCAAUGCUCGGCACAAUCACCACGUGGACAUCUGCACAGUUCAUUGUGGUGGUCAUCAUCUGAGCACUCCACAACCUCAUCAUGGUUGCAGAGCCCACAGUUCUGUGGAAAGGGUUGUGAAGCAUUGGCUUCUGAAAAUUCUUGGGAUCCAUACCGUGUUUGUGGAAAAUUGAGUUGGGCUGAUAUUGGAAAUUAUGGAUUAGCAAUUGAAGUCUCUUGGAUGUCAGUUGGGAAGAAGCAAUUAGAGUUUGCUGCUGGAGCUCUACGGAGAUUCAGAAUACUUGUUGAACAGCUGACCAAAGUAAAUCCCAUCCAUUUGUGCUGCAACGAGAAACUUGCUUUUUGGAUCAAUUUGUAUAAUGCAUUGAUCAUGCAUGCUUAUUUAGCUUAUGGAGUCCCAAGGAGUGACUUAAAAAUGUUCUCUUUAUUGCAAAAGGCUGCAUACAUUGUUGGGGGUCGUUCUUUCAGUGCAGCUGCAAUUGAGUACGUGAUUCUGAGGAUGAAACCACCACUUCAUAGGCCUCAGACAGCAUUACUUCUUGCAAUUCACAAGUUGAAGGUAUCAGAGGAAGAAAGGAAGCUUGCAAUCGAUGGCUACGAGCCUCUUGUAGCUUUUGCUCUCAGCUGUGGGAUGUAUUCCUCUCCUGCGGUAAAGAUUUACACUGGUAAAAACGUUAGGGAAGAGCUUCAAGAUGCACAGCGUGAUUACAUUCGUGCUGCAGUUGGAGUUAGCAGUAGGGGGAGAUUGUUGGUGCCCAAAUUGCUUCACUGCUUCGCUAAAGGGUUUAUGGAUGAUGCCAAUUUGGCUGUCUGGAUAUCAAAUUAUCUUCCACCGCCUCAAGCUGCCUUUGUUGAACAAUGCAUAUCCCAGAGGCGGCAGAGCAUUCUAGGUUCGCGUAACUGUGGCAUACUUCCCUUCGAUUCACGCUUCCGCUACUUAUUCUUGCCUGAUAAAUUGCCCCCUAAUCAUUAAUUAUGUUGACCCUUAUGCUAUUGUUUGCUGUGCUGAUAUUUUUUUUGUAUGAUUAAGCAGAUUGAAUAUGAUGGAAAAGAGAGUUUUGUUAUAUUUGACUUUGUCUGCCUACGCCUGUAUCAUCUUCUCACAACAAUCUGUUUCAUGCUAAU